AUGGUGGUCCAGAAAACCAAGCCUGAGCUCCAUGAUGCCAUGGGAGCCACUCCCACGACCGACCAUUGGGACGUCCUCGUGUCUUAUUCGUCGGAGAACCUCAACAAAUAUCUUCAGGAGUCGUGGAACAAGCGCGAGAGGCUAGCCAGCCCCAGGAUUGAGGUCCCGGGGGGCCACUUGGGCCGAAGAUGGACCGAUAUUUUCGAGCUGAGUCUCGAAAACCCGAGUCUCCAUUUCACGUCAACGGCGCUGGAGGCCACGGCGGAUCUAGUCUUGCCGGUCAGUGGCAAGACCUAUGAUGCAAAGAACCCUAAGGAAAGCUUGGAGAUCCCCAAGGGUCAAUUCGCCUACAAGGUCACGGUCCCCAUUGUCAGCAUCAAUGGAGAUGGAAGCGAAGCCCCGAAGAGCGGAAACGCCAUUCAUUUCAAUGACAACGGAGGUGACGGCAAGACCAAGACCUUCUACAUCAGCUUCCACUUCCGGAACGAGAAGUCCAUCUGGAAGCUCGAUGACAAGCAUGCCGACGACACGAGCGACGAAGCUAAUGCCCUACGCAACGCUACCGAAGAGCUCAGGACAUAUUUCCAGAACGCCAACAACGGCAGCAUCGACUACCACAUAGCGGAGGUAUCCAAUGCUAAACACAAGGACAUGUCGGACACGCUCACACCGACAAGAUUCCACCUGGCGAGUCAGGACGGAGUCCUUAGCGUCUUUAUCAACACCAAGAGCAACAAUAUGGACACGGGAAAGUCCAACUGCCAGUUUCAGCCCAAGAGCGGGAGCGAUUGUACUCCUAUCCCCAAGGACUACGACGCGUCCAUCAUCAUCUCCCGCGAAUGGUUUGUAAACCAGUAUCUCAUACCCGGAAUCGAGGCCUCGGGCAAAAAGUCGCACCUAACCGAGGUCAAGGACUCCGGGUUGGGACAGGAACAGCAGGGGCUCAAGCUGGCCCUCAAGUACGAUCAGCAGCAGGUGGUUUCGGGAUCAUUCCCCUCGACCCGGAGCAAUUUAGCGUAUGGAUCAACCGACAUUGACUUUGACGAGCACCCUGUCCACCUCGUCAUUAGCAGUGACAAGGAGCUCAACUGCGCGCAGUACCAGUGGGAGUGGAAGCAGGAUGGAACAGUCCACUAUCAAGUUUACAAACAGUUCGACACGCCGACUGGCUCUCAUGGCUUUUGGCAGGACUAUAACACCACUUAUACGGGGAAAAUUGAAUGUGAACCGCGCAGCCUGGCCAAACUCGGCGACAACACGGUGAAUUUCUCCCUUGACUUUGACAAGGGCAACCGGCCCUUGGUUGAAACCAAACUAUCCGACCUUCAGGUGACUUGUUCUCUCCCCGAAUUGCAUCUAAAUCUUCCAGAGCUCGAUUACUUUCGCACCACCAACGUGUUUUGCCCCGGACAAAAAGUCAUUGAAGUGACCGCCUGCAUGGUUCCGUUUGACUUUGUUCUGUUGGGCCAUGUCAUGGUACCCAAGUGA